GUCGCCUUUGAAGCCUGGCCUGCGAGGCAGUUUGCUCAUGAUGUGUGGCUUGGACAACUAAUCCCAACCAGAUCUAGUUCUUGACCUCCCCCCCCUGACCCGUCCGUUCGGUUGGGGUUGCCAGAUUAAAGUUCCAGGUGUCAUCUAUACGCACCGGCUCCAUACAACUGCAUUCGUAUGAGCCGAUCAUAUGAGCAGCUGAAAGCCGAGCAUUUGUCGCACUGAUACCUCGUUGUUACUUCUCUUAAUAUAACCAUGUCUGCCAAUCCUGCCGACGAUGGCGCUGCAAAGCCGCGCCUACACACGGCCCGCUCGUUCCCAAGGAUGGACACUCCCGAGACCAGCCCUUUCGUUCGUUCCAGAGCCAAGACUGUUCAGUCCGUGGCAAUACCAGAGUCGGUAGACGCUGAAGCACUCCCGUUACCCUUGUCCACGGCCGAGGAGGACCGGAAUAGCAGUCCUGACCUGUUCGAGAAGCCAGGCUCUGCCGACUUGGGGGACGAUGCGCAGCAGGGUGAGGAGACCUCGGUGCUCUCUCGAGGUAGCUUGGGUCACACGGAAGAACUACCUAUAGAGCUCGCAAGUAUGACAGAUAGAUUUGUCCACUCUCUUACUGCCAAGGUACAUUCCUCUCCUCCUACAAUCGAGAAAGUAUCGAGCCGGUUCCAAGAAUUCUACGUCCGAGCAGAAUCACACAUAGCUACUCACAUCUCUGCUCUUGCUUCCCGGAUAAAUCGUGACCCUUCCCCGUACCGUGCGGCGCAGGGCAAGUCUAGUAAUACAGGUUCAGAUGGCCGUCAAAUGUUGACAGCAUCAGAAGUUACAGAAAGGAGGAUUGCGCGAAAGCAUCUUGCAACCAAGCGUGUUGCUUUGGAAGAAGCUGUGGAACGGAGAGCUUGUGAGACUAUCUACGACAAGCUAUGGAGGCAUAAAAGCACACUGGAUGAAAUCAGGGACGAGAAAUUGCGUUCAAAGACCGCGGCUCUCUCUGUAGUUGGUAUUAAUCUGAAGGAUCUCGGCGUCGAAAUCGACCUAAGUGCUAUUGAUGAAGGGAAACAGAAAGAAGCAGAUGAAUGCCUUUCUGCUGCACGAGACUGCUUGGCAAAGAUGAACGAUGACAAGUAUCCUUUGGGCAAACUGCAGCAACUUGCCGCCGCGCACAAGGCGAUAGUUGAUGCCUUGACUAAGCUCCUGCCAUCAUCUUCUUCCGCUGACGAGAUACUACCCACUCUGAUCUAUUCCUUGAUCACUUGCCCUCCUGAGGGGAUCAACGUUAUAAGCAAUCUACAAUUCAUUCAACGGUUUAGGUCGUCAAAUAAGAUAGACGGUGAAACCGCAUAUUGCUUGACUAACCUGGAAGCGGCUAUUAGCUUUCUUGAGAAUGUAGAUCUGUCCGAAUUGCGCGGCGAGGAAGCCUUUGAAGGCCAGACCAAGGCGUCCAAUGAUGAUUCAACUGCGGCCGGCAAGAUCGACUCUCUUCCGUCUCCUACUACCAUCAAGGAAGCAGCAGUAUCGUCGGUUACACCGGUGACAGCCUCACCUGAACUCUCGAAGCCAGCUGGUCAAGAAGCUUCGGAUAGCUUGCUCAGGCCUCAGUCAUCGGCGAGCACUCAACAACGGCGGCUGAACAAUCUCUUUCAGCCCCCUGCUAAGGUGCUCGGCGCUGCUAAUGAUGCUGUUCGUAACACUGCCGACCAGGGCCUCAAGAACAUUGGGGCAUCCUUAGACAGCAGCUUCAACUUUCUGUUUGGCCGCCUCAAAGAGUUGCAGUCCAACCAGUUCCCUGUCAAAGAUGGGAAUCCGGUCCUGCCGAAGACGUUGGCAGAUGCUCGACGUCUGGUCACCAACCCUAUAUCUACGGAGCAUAGCCUGAACCAGGACGAAAACACAGGAAGAGAGUCUCGUCCCAUUGAUCGCCCACAAUUAAGGCGCAUCGGAUCGAAGGCAGAGGAUACAUUCCUAGGGCUGGUCAGCGGCCAGAGAACUCCACGUGACAGGAGUGUCGAGAGUGUUCGGACUCAGGGCAGCUCCAGGAAGACAACAGUCUCUCAAGGCCCGCAGAAGGAAGAGCCCCAGGCUUCCCCAGCAAGCGCAUCCUCCCAGGCGCCUACACCGCUUGAAUCGGUGCGGAACUUUGGAAACACCCUCAACCCACUUAACCACAUACCCGGUAUGAUCCGCAACUUUGGACGUGGUGCCCCUGGAACUCCUGACACUCCCGGUCCGAUGCCAUCACCCAACACUCCCACCGAGAGAAUCAGGGCCUCGAUCCUCUCCCGCGAGACAUCCUCAUCAAGCGUCCUCAGCGCUCCACCCCGGGUAGAGCGGGUCGACCCGCCUAUUCAGCGUUUCCUCCAGUUGCAGAACGCCAAUGAGCUCACCAUCGCCGACGUAUCUGUUUUGUUGGACGACUACAAGCGCCUUGCAGCAGCGCUAUCGAAACAGAAUCCCUGAACUUGACUGAAAUCCUUCGCUAUCAUCCUUCUCAACCUUUUCUUUUCCUAAAGCAUAUGAUUCCCACAUGGUUGUUCAUACUAUCUCCCUUUCUCGUUGUAUCCAUUUUCUCUUCAUGGCGAUUUCGCGU